CUUGCCCACAAGAUGGUUAACAUUCCUGACCAUCAACGUCUGACUGCCCACUGGCAUCUCACCGAACUCCGAGGGCACCAGCCGUUUACAACACCCCCCCGGAAAAAAGCACUUGGAUCAAGUUGUGUCCUUGGAAGCCAACACACCUUGGAGCGGCUCUACAUAACGAUGGCACCACUCCCCCAUUCAGCGUUCGCCCUCCUCCAAACAGCCGCAACAACCCUCCACCCAACCCGCACCCUCCCCCACCUCCUCUACAACCGCCAAACAACCACCACCGUGACGCCAACCAGCACAGCCGUCGUUGUCGUAACCGACACCAACGACGCCCCGGCGGCCGCGAGCACCGAUGACCUAGAUGACGCCAGAACGCUCAGCGGCGGCGCCAUCGCAGGCAUCGUCAUCGGCUCCAUCGCGGGCUUCCUACUGCUAGUGUGGAUAAUCCGCUCCUGCACAAACCUGGGCGCUCCCCCGGGCGACGAGGCGGUGCCCGGCCGGCCGUGGUACGGCAGCGUCCGGGACGAGUACCCGCCACGACACGCAGGCCGGGGACGGUCCAGGGGAAGGAGUCAUUCGCACGAGCACCAUCAUCACCAUCACCAUGGCCAUGGGGCGAGCCGGUCCCGGUCGAGGAGGGUGAGUGUAGUGAGGGAAGCGGUGCCCGUGCAGGAGGUGGCGCCUGUUGUGGUCAGGGAUGGGCCUUAUCGGGUCAGCAGGGAGGAGAGGAGGGUCAGGAGUCGGAGCAGAGGGUAUGGGUAUGGGGAGGGGCCAGUGAGGGGACGGAGUGGGAGUCGUUCCAGGUAUUGAUCUCGGGGUAUGAGAAAUAACUAGGGGGUUAGGACCCCGAGGCCGAGGGCGGUGCAUAAGACUGAGCGAGGAAUACAGGAGACUCGGGAGAGAGAGCCCGGAGGAAGUGAAUCGGGGGUGGGGCCGUUUUGCAAUCUGGUUGCCCCUUUCAACGAUCUCUAUUCAUGUCCGGGGAUGCCACCCGCAGUGGUGACUGGUGGCUAGGUACAGUACCUAAGCCUCAACAUGACUUACAUCCCACGGGCCACUGCACCGGCCCACAUUCCCAGGUGUGCCCCUCAAUGCUCAUACUACAGGCG